AUGGGAGAUAUCGUGCAAUCAACAAGCAUUACGAACUACAAGAGCAGGGGCUCUACGACCAUACAGUGUCCAUUGCUUAACGACACCAACUACACAGUGUGGACAAUGCGAAUGAAGGCAGCAUUGAAGGUUCAUAAGGCCUGGGAGGCCAUAGAUCCAGGAGAAGAGGAUGGUGAAAAGAAUGAUCUAGCAAAGGCGUUGCUGUUCCAAUCUAUACCAGAGACUUUGAUACUACAAGUAGGGAAUCUCGACACCGCAAAAGCGAUAUGGGAGGCCGUAAAGAUGCGACAUAUGGGAGCAGACCGUGUGAGAGAAGCACGUUUACAAAUCCUAACAGCUGAUUUCAACCGGUUAAAGAUGAAAGAAAGCGAGACAAUUGAUGGUUUUGUUGGAAGAAUCUCUGAACUUUCAUCAAAAUCGGCGGCAUUAGGAGAAGACAUUGAUGAGCCAAAGAUAGUAAAGAAAUUCCUCCAUAGUCUACCAAGAAAGAAGUAUAUACACAUUAUAGCUGCUUUAGACCAGGUCCUCGACCUUAAUAAAACAAGUUUUGAGGAUAUCGUGGGUAGGUUAAAGGCAUAUGAAGAAAGGAUUACCGAAUAA